AUGAACAGGCAACUUCAUCUGGAUACAUCCAAUCUGGAAAAUUUGGACGGUGGGAAUCAAAGAUAUUCCUUUCUUGCAACGCCAUUGGAGAUGCAUGCUCCCGGAGGAGUGAUCAGGCAGACAGCCUUGUCAACGAGUCCACCGAGCAACCUCCCAGCAGAACAGAGGAACGUGCUAGAACAGACACAAAUACCUUUAAACGAGAAAACGCAGCACUUGAAUGACGAUGUGAGCCCCUAUGUUUAUCCAGGUGGGCCUAAUAUCCAGCAUCAUCCUGCAAAUUAUGCUCCAUUUGCCGAUGAGGCCCCUCAGCCAGCCAAAGCUGAAGCAGUGGUGCCUGACUACUCGUAUGCACAUCCUCCGCAAAGUCCAGGGCCGCUCCCAGUCAAAGUCAACCCGGAAACCUCGGGACAGGUAUUGGAGAGUCAUUCCACGGCAGUUGCACCAGACACCAACCCAUUGAAUACGACUCCACUACCUCAAUUUCCUCCUCCAGUUGCAUCGAACACAUCCGUUACACCACCAGCACAUGAAAUCAUGGCUUACCAUCGGCCGGGACAAAUUUUACACCCUAAUCAAGCCAUUCAAGGGGGCUCAUGGAAGACCAGUCUAUGUGGCUGUACAAACAUUGGCUCAUGCUUUCUGGGCCUGUUUUGCCCUUGUAUCUCAUAUGGGAAAACCCAGCAUCGACUGCAGACAAUGUCCCGGGGAGACGACCCCACGAACAUGCUCGCAUAUAAUGUCUGCAAUGGGUCAUGUACAGUAAUGGCCCUAUUUUGCGGCUGUCAAUGGCUACUGGCUGCAAUCCAGCACCGGCGAGUGCGCAAAGCUUACAAGAUCGAAGGCGAUUUCAUAUCUGACUGCAUUCGAGCAACGUGCUGCACGUGCUGCACUUUGAUACAAGACGAAGUCGAGAUCAUCAAACGAGAGGAGGAACGCGAAAGGCUCGCCAGAGUCUCUGGAGCAGCUCUGGUAUCACCAUACUUGGCUCCAGUACAAAUGUCGUACGGGCCACCGCCCAGAUGA